AAGUUACCUAUUUGUAAAUAGGUAACUCACGGCGGAUAAAUAUUGUCAAUCUUAAAAUUUUAAUUUAAUUAUAAAAUGAGAGAAACAAUUCUUUCAAAUAAUGAAAAAUCAUUCGUUGAAAAAUCUAUUCUCGAAGGACUUCGUGUAGAUAAGCGUAAUUUGAACGAAUUCAGAAAUCUAGGAUUAUUCUUUGGCCAAGAUGUUGGAUCAGUUAUUUGUACGUUAGGUGCAACUAAAGUAUUCGCUCAAGUAUCAUGUGAGCUUAGCUCACCAAGAACAUCACGACCAAAUGAAGGAACUAUUUUUAUUAAUGUGGAAAUGGGACCCAUGGCAGCUCCCCACUUGGAGGUUGGAUUUCCUUUAAGUGACUCCUGCAUACAAAUCAACAGAAUACUUGAAAGAACUUUACGAGAAUCACGAUGUGUUGACUUGGAAUCAUUAUGCAUCAUUGCAGAAGAGAAAGUGUGGAAUUUAAGAGUUGACAUCGCAGUUUUGAAUCACGAGGGAAAUGUUAUGGAUUGUUCAUGCAUUGCUGCUGUGGCCGCACUAGCUCACUUUAAACGACCCGAUGUAACUACGACAGGAGAUGGAGAAUUCAUCAUUCAUUCACCAGCAGAGAAAGAUUUAGUUCCAAUUGUUCUUCAUCAUUAUCCAAUUUGUGUGACUUAUGCUUUGUUUGAUGAUGGAAAAAUUCCAGUUGCUGAUCCAACAGCUCUUGAAGAACGUGUUUCUGAAGCAAGUUUAGUGCUUGCUGUAAAUUCUUAUAAAGAACUUUGUUGUAUGAACCUCACAGGCGUUUCUUUAACAAGUCCACAUUUAAUCUUGCGAUGCUCAGAAAUGGCAGCUGAACGAUCAAGAAGAAUUGUGGAAUUUAUUAAAUCAAUACUCGAAGAAGACGAAGCUCAAAGAGCUAAAGGAAAUCUUCCAAAGGGAUUCGCAGAAUCAAUUGCAUUAUCAAAUCUUCCCUCGAAUUUCCACAAUGAAGAAAUUGUUGAAAAGAUUGAACAACCAGAAAUUGUUGGAAUUGCAGAAUCUUCAUCGCAUGGUGAAACUUCUGAUGAUGAGGUGAAAAUUAUCGAUGAUAAUACAGUCACAUCAGGAAAAUGGAUCGAAGUUACCUCAGAAGAUGAAGAUAGCAGCAGUGAUGAAGAAAUGCCAGAACAAACAAAUACGAGAACUUCACAAGAUGCACCUAAGACAGAGAAAAAACUUCAUUCAAAUGAAUCAAGUGAGGAAGAAAAAACAAUUGUUUUGAAAUAAUUAUUAAUUCUUUCUUUUUUAUUUGCACACAAAAUGUUAUCAUCUCAAUAAAAUUUUCUUAAAAUUAAAAUUUCUCAACACUUUGCUUAAUCAUUAUACCCAUUUUUAUUUGAGUUAUGUUUCACAC